UAACCCUGAUUACUAUAAGCCCCGCGACCCUCUCUCCUUCUCUCUCUCUCCAAAAAUAUCCGGAGACUUAGCUCGGAAGGAGAGCGCCUCCGCCCCCCGAUACCCCCGUUCGACGGGGCAGGGGUCGCGCUCCGCCGUCUCUCCACCAUGUCAGAUGCCCCCGCUCCACCAUCACCACCACCGCCGGACGAGCUGUCGUUCCUAGCCUCGCUGCCGCCGCCGCCGCCUCACCUGGCCGGACGCUCGUCCUCCCUGUACAAGCAGCGAUCUUGGUCGCCGGACAUGUGCCGCGAGGAGGCGUGGCUCCGCCGCAAGGGGAACAGCAAGAACCACCGCACCCGGAGCAGGAGCGUCACGGACGACGACCUCGACGAGCUGAAGGCGUGCAUCGAGCUGGGCUUCGGGUUCGACUCGCCGGCGGCGGAUCAGCGCUUGUCGGACACCUUGCCCGCCCUGGAGCUCUACUACGCCGUCAACAAGCAGUACGCCGACGGCGUCUCGAAGCCGUCGCCGCCGCCGUCGACCGUCCCCCACUGCGACGCUCCUCCUCCUCCUCCUCCUCCUCCGCCCGCCGCCGGCAGCCCGCAGAACAACAUAUUCAGCCGCGGCGACGAUCCGCAGGUGGUGAAGACGAGGCUGAGGCAGUGGGCGCAGGUGGUGGCGUGCUCGGUGAGCCUGGGCCGGGACAGCCCUAACCAGGGUUAAGGAUUACGAGCUAAAACCCUCGAUUCGACCGCCGUCGAUCAAGCCGGAGAUGCUGCUUAACCAGGGUUUGGUUUCCCACUGCAGCGUGCAAAGUCAACGUCAGGAAGGAGGCGACCGAACAUUCUGUUCCCCAAGUUGGUAGAGAAAUGAUUCCUCCCCCUACCCCCACUUUUGUUUUGUGGUUGGCAUUAUCAUUAACAAAGGAUGUAAGAAAAAGAGACGCCGGAUUAGCUGGGAACCAACUUUGGGGACUUUUUGGACGUGGGGUGAUGACCUUUUUUCUUGUGUCCUAAUUAUGAUCUUAGCAGCGUUUUGAAAUGGCUGUUUUUUUUUUU